UCAACCAUUAAGACUAUGACACCAACACCAAAAACAUCUGUCUCUGCCGAAUAUGAAAAGGCAUUGCUGAAGAGAAGAGCAAAGGACAGUUUUAGCAGACAACAUGCCACUGAUGAAGGCCUUGAAAUACGGAAAUUGAUGAUGAAUGUGGAACACAAGAAUGAUGAAGAUAAGGUACAGAAGAUGUCCCUUGGCCAGAAGACCAAUAGGCCAACCAAGGUGAUACUCUUGGUGGGGGCCACAGGUACUGGUAAGACAACUCUCAUCAAUGCCAUGGUGAACUUCAUUUACCGCAUUGACUUUGCUGACAACUUCAGACUAAUUCUUAUUGAUGAUAAAAAUGCUCCCAAGCGUUCCCAAGCCGAAAGUCAGACAGAUCUGAUCACAGCUUAUGCAUUUUAUCAAUUACCAGGAAUGCCAUUUGAGUACAAUUAUGUGCUCAUUGACACUCCAGGCUUUGGGGACACCAGAGGCAUUCAGCAUGAUCGUGAAAUGAUGAAACAGCUUGAAAUGUUCCUGAAACAAGAUUACGGGAUUGAUCAGGUUGAUGGAGUUGGUUUUGUUACUCCUGCUUCUGCUGCACGAUUGACUCAAACACAGAGAUAUGUAUAUGAUGGCCUUUCUUCAAUGUUUGGUAAAGAUAUUAAAGACAAUAUAUAUGUUAUGGCAACAUUUGCAGAUGCAAAGGCUCCUCCAGUAUUGGAUGCACUUGAAAAAGCUGGUGUUAAUUUCUCCGGAUUUUACAAAUUUAACAACAGUGCUCUGUAUGCUCGUAACACUGGUGGAAGUGGAGGAAGUGAUGAUUCCGAUUCAGAUAAUGAUGAUUCUGCUUACAUAUGUAAGUUAUUUUGGGAGAUGGGUUACCGAAGCAUGACCAACUUCUUUUUAAAGUUGGGAAAGGCUUUUCCAGCAAGUCUGACACUUACCAAGGAGGUUCUUGAGGAACGAAGUCGCCUACAGUUAGUAGUAAUUGGUUUACAGAAUCAGAUUCAUUUAGGUUUAGGCAAGCUAACAUGUUUAAACCAAGAGAGAGAAAUGUUGGCAUACCUUCAUGAUGACAUGAAAGGAAGUGCAAAUAAUCAGGAAGAAGUUGAGGUUCCUAAGAUUACUAAGAUUGACCUGAAUUCCCGGGAACAUGUGACAAAUUGUAUAAAGUGCAACAUGACUUGUCAUUACCCAUGUUAUAUUCCUGAUGAUGCUAACAAAGCCAGCUGCUGGGCAAUGACAUCAAACUACUGCAGGGUCUGUCCGGAGAAGUGUUACUGGAAUCUUCAUAAGAACAUGAAGUUCAGGUAUGAGCACACUUGGGUAAAAGAAACACGGACAGUCCAGGAACUUCUGGACCGCUAUGAGAAUGCUCAAAAAAGAAAACUUGACAAAGAAGGUGUGAUCAAAGCGAUUGAGAAUGACAUUAAUGCCCAUGCACAAAUACUUAUUGGAAUGAUAAGGGAAGCCCAGAAUCAUGUGGAACGAUUAGAGGAAAUUGCUCUCAAGCCAAACCCCAUAUCAACAAAAGAAUACAUAGAUCUAAUGAUUGAAUCUGAGAAGAUGCAGAAGCGCCAUAACUUCCAGAAGAGGAUUGAGAUGCUUGAAAAACUCAAAGAUGAGGUCGCAAUUAUUCAUGGAGUGUGUGGAAACUGUGAUCAAUCAUCCGGUGAAGCCUUACUUAAUUAUUUCCACGGACUUAUUAUUGACUGAAAUGAGAAGAAAUGUCUGCUGUAUAAUUACAGUAAAUGUUUCCUUAGAUCAUAUUUUGAUUUUUAAACCAAAUAAAAAUGAUUGGAUUAUUUUUUAACCCUUAAACUGCUCCAGUUACUUAAAAUCUGAUGCUCUAUUGUUUGGAGAUGAUUUAAGGUGCCCCAUUUUCUUUUUAAAUGCCUAAUGCAUUCCAGUGGUAUGUCAUUUGACACUAGGGACCAUUUGACAUAUUUGGAAAAAUUCUGAUUCCAUUGGUUUCCUUUCUGAGCCUUAGUAAAAUGAUGUGGACCAUGUCUGGCACAUCACCAUCCAAACAUACAGGGCAGUAAUGCUAGGAUCCAUUUAACUUUUAACAACAGCAAAUAAGUAAUUACCUAAGUGUAAUUACCUAAAUGUAGUUACAGGAUGAGAGUUAUGCUCAUGAUGUCCUGUCUUCCCAGAACUCUUUGUCGUAUAACACUUUGUGAUCACAAUGAUGUGCCAUUCACUAGAAAAAUGCUUGAGAAACACAUAGAAGUACUUGAUUCUGCUGCAACUGAUAGCAGAUUACAAAUUCUAGAAGUAUCUUCAUCAAAGAAAAAAUCUCCAUUAUCUUACAUGCUAAACACCAGAUCUCACCAAUACAUAAUGAAUACCACUAUUGACACAUCAUUACAUUAUGAAUAAAUAAGAAUAAAUAAAGUGAGAAACAUUGAAAAUUAUUCCUGAGCGGCACCUGACCUCAUUUCUGAAAAUCAACAAAACAUAACAUCAAGCUUCUCCUGGCCACCUCAGCUAAACCAUGAUAGGUAGAGGCAUUUAACUUGAAUUUCCAUGUUCCCUGGACUAGUUAACAAAGUAUAAAAUUAUAUAUAAUUUUUUAUAUAAUUUUGUAUUUCCAUGGUAGACAAUGUAUUGAAAUAGCCUGUGCAGUUUAGAGUCAAUAAAAGUGAAACAUUUUAUUACAAAAUUUUUAAUAUGUAUUAAUAAUAAUAAUAUAAGUAUAAACACACAUGCAAUAGCCUACCAUCUUCCAAAAUAUUAUCAUGAUAAAAUAGUGUCAACUGGAGCCCAAGGGCAUUAUGAUUCAGGCUUUCCAAAGAAUUCUGUUAUGCACAGAGAGACACUUGUUUUUAUACAAUUUUUAAAAUAGUAUGCUUGUUUUGUAUUAUGAAAAUUUAAAAAAAUUUCAAGAAUAUUACAAAUUAUAUUUGUGACUGAGAAUUAUUGACAAUUGAAAUCGAGUUCUAGAUAAUUAAUAUCUGUUUUCUGGGGGAAGCCCUUCAGCUCCCUGGAGCUUACUAGGCUGAUAUGCUAAUGUCAGACUUUGGCCUCAGUCAUGUGUAUGGAGUUCUGUGGGCCUACCAGAGACC